GCGCGCCAUUCGCACAAAGCCGUCAAGGCCAAGGAUUCGAGCCAACCUUGAUGGUAUCUGUAAUGGGGGCGUGGGUAUUGCCACACGCCUCCCCCUGGCCUGCUCCUCUGCUUGGACCCCACCACCAGGCUGUCAAGGGUACGAUGAGAUGCCUUGGUUCCACCCGUGUCAGCCUCUGUCUCGUUUUCUGCGAGCGCUCACCACUCGGGGGAGUGUCCCAUUAGGAAGCGCCGCUGUCAGGUACAUUAACCUCGCAGAUUCCUUUCCUUGAUCCCUUCUUUGUCUUCUUCUCUACCACCUCUCCUUCCCCCUUUCUCUCCUAUUUUUUUGCACAGCCGUUGCCUUUGGUCGACGGUGUGUUAUUCUUUUCAUCUCGCCUUGGUCUUUCUUCGGGAUAGAUUUACCUGGCGACGAGCAGUGCUCGCACUUUUACUCUUUUAACUCGUCCCUCUUUCACUCCUCUUUCACCAUUACCACCUGGCGUGGAUUAUUCAACUGUACCUCACAUCGCUACCCUUGUCAACAUGUGGUCUCUACUCAACUCGCUGCUCUUCCUCGGGGUGCUGGCCUCGUUCGUCUCGGCCGCCCCAUCCAGGCUGCAGAAAAGGUCGUUCAAGGUUGAGCGUGUGCGGAACGUCAACUUCAAGGGACACAAUGGCCCACGAGAGCUAUUAAAAGCCUACUCCAAGUUCAGCAUGCCUAUCCCAUCGGCAUUGCUAGAGUCGAUCCAGGCCGAGGCCGCAGCUGCCAAGGCCACCCAGGCCGAGUCCUUCUCGGCGGCAUCGGUCGAGGGCGCAAAGGGCGAUGAUAUCAUUGUGGACGGCAUCGAGUUUGUGCCAGCUGCCCCCGAGGCUACGGCUGGCAAGGCCUCGGGCGGCAAGGGAGUCAACGGCACUGGAAAGGGUGCCGGCGUUGGCCUGGUCACGGCCACACCCGAGGCCGGAGACGUUGAGUACCUCUCGCCCGUCAACAUCGGCGGGCAGACCCUGAACCUGGACUUCGACUCGGGAUCGUCGGACCUGUGGGUCUUCAGUACCAUGCUCUCGCAGAACGUCCAGAAGGGCCACACCGUCUUUGACCCAGCAAAGUCCAAGUCCUUCAAGAUGUCCCAGGGCUCCUCGUUCCAGAUCAGCUACGGCGACGGCUCCCAGGCGGCCGGCGUCGUCGGCACCGACACGGUCGACGUUGGUGGCGUCUCUUUCGCCAACCAGGCCGUCGAGCUGGCCACCCAGGUCAGCGGCUCCUUCGUCAAGGACACGGCCAACAACGGCCUCAUGGGCCUUGCCUACUCCAAGCUCAACGCCGUGAGCCCCGAGAAGCAAAAGACCUUCUUCGACAACGUCAUGCCCUCGCUCGCCGAGCCAGUCUUCACGGCCGACCUCCGCAAGGGCGCCACUGGCGCGUACGAGUUUGGGCGCAUCGACAGCUCCAAGUUCACGGGCGCCAUGAACUUUGUGCCCAUCAACACGACCAGGGGCUUCUGGCAGUUCUCGAGCGAGAAGUUCGCCGUCGGCGACGGGCAGCCGCAGCAGGGCACGCCCGGCGGCCAGGCCAUCGCCGACACGGGCACGACCCUCAUCCUCGCCAACGCGGCCACCAUCAACGGCUACUACAGCAAGGUCCAGGGCGCCAAGAACGACCAGACCGUCGGCGGCAUCACCGUACCCUGCGACGCCAACCUGCCCGACCUGAUGCUCGACGUCGGCGGCGUCAUGGCCAAGGUCAAGGGGUCCGACAUUGUGUUUGCCAAGGUCGAGGGUAACACCUGCUUCGGAGGAAUGCAGCCCACCACCUCCAACCUCCAGAUCUACGGCGACAUCUUCUUCAAGUCCCAGUUUGUUGUCUUCAAUGGCGGCAACAACACGCUGGGGAUUGCGGACCACGCUGUUUGAUUUGGGUGUUUUUUUCAGGAAAGCUGCGGGUUCGCAGUGGUGGUGUCUUCUUUUUGUUCGAUAUUUCUCCAGAGUUUUGUGUUUCCUAAUGCUGGGCGGGGCCUCGGCCUGGCCCGUUGACUUGAUUGUAAAUAUGAUGUCCGUGCGACGACUAUAAACUUUCUCCCCCUCCCCUUCUUUUCAGUGCAUGAAAAUUUCGCAGUCAC